AUGGCGCAAAUGGCAGGCACGCGCAAGCAUCCAGUGACCCCGCAUCAUCGAUAUACCAAGUUCUGGACGCAGAAGUCGACCACGUACAAGCGCGUUGCGCAGGUGUUGCAAAUCAUCCAAUACACUGAACUGUUAUGGGAAAUGGCAGCAAAGAGGAAGGGCGAGAAGGUGCGGUGGCGUGUCAUUGUGCUGUUGGAAAUCAUCAAGGCUGUGUGUCGCUCGUUGGAGGAUUCCACGGCAUCUGCAGACGGAAUGGACACCCCACCAAGCGAGCGCUCGGUAGAGGCGGAGAACUGGACGAUGCCCAGGACUGGACUGUCGAUGCCGAGUCUUCCGGAUUCAUCAGACAUCUCAAACUACUUGCUAUCAAAGGUGCUCACUGCGGACGACAUCAAACCCCCGAAAGCACUGCUUCACCGCGUCAACGGCAAGGGCGAACUGGCCGAGGCACUCUACAUACUUCGACCGGUCAUUUAUGCUCUUGCAAUGCAACAAUUCAGUGGCGACAGGAAGAGCUGGAGGCCUUGGUUGAUUGGCGUAAGCAUCGAAUACGGUGCACGACAACUCGCCAAGAAGGACUUCCAAGAGCGAUUAGCUGGUGGACUGCGAGGCUUGACUGGACUCGAGCGCGAAGAGCUGAAGAAGCGCGGCUGGGCUCUUGGCUGGUGGAUGAUGCGCGGAGCCUUCUACGAGAACAUCACCAAAUCCUGGAUACAUUCAUUGACUGGAAAGCUCAAGGGCAAGCCGCUUCUUGACAUGGUUGGUGGUGUCAUCGAGGACUACGAGUUCCUCUGGGACCAGUACUAUUUCCCGACUGCUACCAUGUAA